ACUUUAACCAAAAAAUCUCAUGAAUCUUAAAAAAUAUUUCUUGACUACUCUUGUGAUCCCUUCCAUUAAUUUGUCUCUAUAACUUGGUAUUAACAGAGGUUAGAACCUCUCAAUCUUUUAACUCUAAAUCAAGAUUUUUUAGUAGUUGCGACCCGGACUCAGCUUUUGUUGGUAUUUAUCCGCAUAAAUUAGAUGUCUUGGUAGAUAUGAAUCGUAACCACAAAGAGAAAACGGGAGAAAUAUAAAAUCUUUUAUGGAGUUAUGUAUUGUUUUGUAUGGACAGGGUUCAGCUACUCUGUAGCUCAAGAGAGUGUUGCUGAGUUGAAGAGCAAGGAAGAAUACGAGUCGUGUAAUGUGAGCAACCCUAUCAGGAUGUACACGGACGGUAUCAAUGGCGUCUCGCUUGAUGGAGAAGGAAUCCGCUACUUCAGUAGUAGGAAGCCCGAGAGUUGCAAGAAUGGGCUAAGGCUACGUGUGGAGGUGGUGCCUCGUGAGAGCCCCCAAAACCCAAUUGUUACUUCAAUGGAGAGUUUUGUUUCGGACUUGGCAGCUGCGCCCACAACCCCAUCAGGCUCGCCCCAUCUCUGUGGAAGCCUCUUUUUUCUGUUUGUUGGAGUUGGGCUGUGCUAUCUGUCUAUCUAGUAUGUAGUCUAAUGUUAAAUUCCGAGGAAAAUGGUGUAACAAUUUAUGGGUAUUCACAUUGGGCCCAGUAAUCACUGUUUGUUGGUUUUGCUCCAGCUCAACUGUUUGCGUUGGACUCAUAAAUGUAAGUUAUAAUA